AUGGAUUCUGACGCUGGCUCCAACUCCAGCCGCUCCUCAUCUCCAGACCUGGUGGUGGAUGACUCCAUGGGUAGCUUCUUCUCCAACAAGAUGUUUCAGGCCUACUGCCAGGAGGAGGGGGCAGCCAGGGCUGCCGGCCAGGGCAGGGCUGACCGCUGUGCUGGGGGAGGCAAGAGCAAGACCCGGGCUGACCUCAAAGAGGGUGACGAUGUGCAAGACCUUAGGCUGAAGGUGAAUGGCAGAGAGAGGAAGAGGAUGCAUGACCUGAACCAGGCAUUAGAUGGCCUGAGAGAAGUCAUGCCCUACGCUCAGGGGCCCUCUGUUCGCAAGCUCUCAAAGAUCUCCACCCUGUUGCUGGCCCGUAACUAUAUCCUCAUGUUGUCCAGCUCUCUGGAGGAGAUGAAGAAGCUGGUUGGGGAUGUGUACGGAGGCAGUGGUGCCCAGAGUCGCACCAGCCACCCCCGGAUCACCCUUCCGGCCCCCACAGCCCAUCUCCCACUGCACCCCUUGGCCCAGAACCUGCACUCCCUGGUUGGCAGCACGGCCUCAGCUCUCCACCACCCCUCGCCUCCCCCUGCUCCAGCCCCACACUCACCGCCCUCUGCAAGCUACAUGGGCUUCCACCAUGCACCGGUACAGAGCCUGCUGAAGGACCCUCUCCACCUAGCCAGCUCCUACAGGCACUUCCCUGGAAUGCCCUGUCCCUGCUCGCUCUGCCAGCCUCUACCAACCACCACAUCCACCCUGCACAGCUUUUCCAUGGGCAAGUGA